CGAAAUUUUACCGCAUUUCUAGCUUAUAUCCGCCAAAUUUGGCACAAUUUCACCUGAUUACGAUAUUUUGUCGUUUUGUUGAAGACAUUGCUAACAGCAAGUAUCCCAGUAAGUUUUUUUUCAAAAGCCAAACUCUACAAAAUGGCAACAAGUGAGACGGUAAAUACUCAGGAAAAGAAAGAAAAUCCACGCUGUUUCUUUGAUGUGACUAUUGGUGACAAGCCAGGUAUGUAAUUACUGUUCAAGUUUGAGUAGCAGAGUAGGGUCUGAGAGCAAAUUAUACCGAAUAUAUUGUCUGUACACACCACGUGUAUUCGGUGUGUAUAAGUUUGGACCGUGGAUAUAAAUGGAUAUUACAAAUAAACUAUCAUACAUGUAGAAAAAUAUUGUAUAUUAUAAUUGUGUUCUGUGUCUGUAGCUUGAUGGAAUGUACAUUUGAUAUCAUUGAUGAGCUUGCUUCUAAGUUGAGAUGGUUUUAUACUAAUAAAGGACAAGCUGCAGUUUGAGGGAGAUACCAUGCACUACCAGAAAAAUACAAGCAGAUACUAACUCACUACUAACUUUCUGAUGAAGGGCUUUUGCUCGAAACGUCGAAGUUUUGCUUGUAUUUUCAGGUAGUUGUGUCGAGUCUCUCAAUAGCUGAAUUCAUAUUAGAAGACGGAUUUCCGUCUAAGAUGGGAAACCUUGUGUGACGGAUUUCCGUCUGGUAUAAGUAUGAAACGAAAACCAUCGAACGGAUAAACCCGAAAAAAUAGGAGACCCUCCAUCCCAGUCUCUUUUGAACGUUACUAGCAGAAACCUGUCUGAUUUAUUCGUCUGAUAUAAAUUUAAGACGGAUUUCCGUCUAAGAUGAGAAACUCGUCUAACUUUCCCGUCUUUCAGACGGGAAACUUAGACAGAAAAGUUGAGACGGAAAACCCGUCGUUUACCAAAUUUAUAUCAAGACGAGUUUCUCGUCUGAGACGAGUUUCCCGUCUUAGACGGAAAUCCGGACAUCUUCUAAUAUGAAUUCGGCUAAUGCACAGUUGUCUUCAGUAUAAAACCAAAGUUCUCAAUUUAGACCAUGAGCUUAGGCCUAAAAAAUACCUGACAGUGUGGUUCUGGUUCCCGACCGACCCUAUUUUUUUCUGCCGACCCUAUAAUUAUUUUUUCUGCGCGAUUGACCAUGCAGAAUGAUAAUAUGAUAUAAAAUAUAUAUCUCAUCAAGCUUCAAAUACCAGACCUGCAAAUAAUUAUUUUGCUUGGAAGAACAAAUGUCAGGCCAAGAUCAACAAAAAUUGAUCAGACAUGUAUCAGCUUUUCUCAGACAAUGGACAAAGCAAAAUGUUUCAUGUAUCUUUUUGAGCACGAUGUAUUUUGGCUGGACCGGCUGGUUAUGUUAGCCGUACUACAAUAAUGCAUCUACAACUGAGCAAAGUACAUAAUUAUCUACCACAGGGCUUGAAAUUUGAAAUUUUCGGCACUAUCCAGUGGCCCGGGAUACAGUACAAGAAACUAAUUUGGUAUCCACCAUGAAAAUCUGUUUCCCACAUUUGGCUAGUAACAUUCAGACUUUGAAACAACUGGUAAAAUGAGUUUUCAAUUGUUAUGUAUUUGAUGAUAUAAUAAAUCUAAGACAUGUUUAUACUGUAAAACUGUGUACUGUAAAACAGAAAAAUACACUAUCUGUGGAGGACAGAAACUUGUUUAGUAUCCCAAUGGAUACUGAGCUUGUGAUCCUUAAAUUUGUGUAUCCCUUGGAUAUCGGGAUCUGCAAAUUUCAAGCCCUGCAUGGUCAUUUGAGCUAAAACUGAACCCCUCUUUGACAUCCUAUUCAAAGAGAAAAAACAUGGAAUAUAGUUAGACCCUAAAAGUGUGCAGAAUUUAAUGCAAUAAUUAAUUGACACUGAUAUAUAGUAAACAAAACAAUGUCUUAAUUUUUAUGUAACAGAGGGAAGAAUUUAUUUUGAACUGUUUGCUGAUGUGUGCCCAAAAACAGCCGAAAAUUUCAGGUCAUUGUGUGUGGGUGAUAAAGGCAUUGGUCAGUCAACUGGAAAACCUCUGCAUUUCAAAGGAUGUCCAUUUCAUAGAAGUAAGAUUUAAAGAUGAGAUGAGUACUUUUUUAAAUUUAAAUUUAUUUUCCCAUGUACAAUACAAUUAUUAAUACAUUAUUACAAAAGAAAUAUUUGGGCUAGAGACCUACGGUACUCGGGUACUAGAAACCUUUGCAGGCUUUUGUAUCUAGGCCACUAGUCAUGUUCCUAGUAUUUAGAUUACUUUAUUAUUUACAGUAAUUAUUAAAUGGAGAUAAUAAUGCAGAAGAAAAGUUUUACAUGGUAUACAGUACUGCCAAGAAAUAACUUAUCAAAAACCGCGUCCAAGACGCGGGUAUCUUGCGUCCACUGUGCGUCCACGGGCGCGGGUGCGUCGUCCUGCGGGCGCCGUGCGUCCGUCGUGCGUCCACUGUGCAUCUGCGGGCGCUUGCGGGUGCGUCCACUGUGCGGGCGCCAUGCGUCCGCUUUGCGUCUGCGGGCGAGGACGCAGCUGAGAAAGAGUUCUACUCGUAGAUCGUCGGAAAUUAUCGCGUUUCGCUUUUCAUAAACAAACCGUGGGCGUCGGAAAAUAUUUAUGUUAGCGAUUUCACACCACGUUUUUAUGCUUAUACACCAGCGUUACAAACGUAGAAUCCUAGAUAUUUAUAUUUCUAAUAUUAAACUUACCGUGAAAUUUCAGAAUUUGUGCUUCGUAAAGUUCCUUUUCGUAUUUGAUCUCUACUUUCGCACCUUCGUAUAACGUUUGGUUUAAACCCAGUAAUCUUUUAACAUUGCCGGUUUGCAAAAUGCACGUAUGGUUUUAUAUCUUCUUCGAAGAAACCCAAAAUACGUUUUGGUUGACAAGUAAGCGAUCGAUAUCUCAUUUUAUUAGUCUGAUACUAGUGAUAGUAAUACGGAUCGAGUGAUAUUAGUCUGAGCUCUUCACUUCAGCUUUAGCGAAUUAUACUGCAACUUUGAAAAUCAAGCGAUGAGUCACAGUCAUUGAACCGUGUUGAAACACAAAGACUGUUUCCUGGACAUGUAAAGGUAUUCCAUUAAGGGAUUAAGAGAAGUCAUUUAUCCAGAAAUUAUAUGGUAAUUAUCAAUUUAUAUGACAUAUCACCAUGUGCAUUUACUGUUUUGGAAAAACAACACAAACUUGUUGCUGUAAAUAAAAUUAUAUAGUGGCUCGUAGUAAUGGUAUUUUAUAUGAAAAAUCAAAAACACUAUAUAUAUAUUGUAAAUGAGCAUCUUCGUUUUAAUAUACUGACGAGUUAUGGAGACAUAACAUUAUUCAAAUACAGAAUUGCAUAUCAACUAAUCGGCAAUCUUCUAUGAGGUAAGUCAGAAUUUGAGUAGCAAAUGAAUGUGUUGCGAGAUAUAUACUCGUUGUAGUCGUGAUCUCACUGAGUUUAGUAUAUGUGUCUACAUUAUAUUUAUAUAUUGUUUAUGUCUAUUUUACGCUCCAAUAUACAGUCAUAUACGCUUCAAUCUCGACUCAAGUACGUGUGAUUGCAUUGUGAAAGAACUACGCUUACUGUAGUAUAACGUAUAACAUCAUAAAAUGGUUAUACUAAGUGUAACGCUUAGGUUAAAUGAAACUCGAUUUCGGAUUCAACUUUUUAUUCUUUGCUUCUCCGAUCAGUGACACUGAUCUGUAUUCUCACGACAAACAACGAGUAUGAUGCAAAUAUUAGUUCGUUUUUCCGAUUAUGUUACGACGACUGCGUCCAAGCGGACGCAGUUUUUAACUAGAGGCCGGACGCAGGCGCUUUGGAGGCAGGACGCGGGCAGAGCAGACGCAAGACGCGGGCGUCGUGGAGGCCGGACGCGGGCGCUCUGGAGGCAGGACGCGGGCAGAGUGGACGCAAGACGCGGGCGCUCUGGAGGCAGGACGCGGGCAGACGCGGGGACAAGUUAUUUCUUGGCAGUACUGUACAAGAUAUUUACAAAUUUGAAGUAUGAAUGGUAAAUACUUUAGUGUUUACAAUAUUAAGAUAAAGAGAUAUGCUAGUUAGAUUUUUUAUUUUUAUAUGAUAUUAUUUUGUACAAUGGCAAUGUAUGGACAUUGUCUGCAUAAAUUGUUUCUAGUUUGUUAUAAUGAUCAUGGCCGGAUUUUGAGGGGAGGUGCGCACCUCCCCUGAGAUUGUUUUGCACCUCCCCUGAAAAGUCAUGAACCUCCCCUCAGUGGGGAAGUUUUAAUGAUAGAUCAAAGUGAAAAUUUGACAUUUUUGGUUGCUUAGAGUCUACACUUCGUAAGAAAGUUUUAACAGUGAUACAGUAACCAUUCAUCUCUGUCAGUCAAGUAUCCUUUUAAUGCAAUGUUUUGAAAUAAACUUUGUAGUAAUUGUAAUGAAGGGCAAAAUUGGAUGAGUUGUACACUUCAGUCAGUCAUAAUUCAUUAUUACAGUGGAUACAUAUGUACACCAUAUGCAUACGUCACGUUGUUGACUUUGGCCCGUUCUAAGCCCUAACAGGCUAACUUUCCAUGGGGUUCAUGAGCUAGACCUCUGCACCUCCCUUAAAUUUGUUUUCCAUUGAUUGAAUUUGUUUCCCCAUUAUUUCCACCAAAAUCCAGCCUUAAUAAUGAUGGAUCAAAACUAUAAUGAUAUUGUGUAUACAGAAUUGUGUAUACAUUGUACAGUAUGUACAUACAUACAGUGGUUCACAUGCAGGAAAUAUGCAUACAUGGGUUAAAGAAAAAUGGAAAUAAAAUAUAAGGUUAUCAAAUUUGGUGCUGUUUCCACAAAUCAAAAUUGAUAUUAUUAUUCACCAUGCAAAACUGCAAAGAACUUAUAAAUGAUAAGUUUAUCUUAUUUGAAAGAGCUUUUAAAAUGAUGUACAGUAAGCAUGAAGAUAACUUUCCAUAGCGUGUUUGGUUUUCGAAAUACCUUGAACAAAAACAGCGAAGAAAUCCACCAUCAGGGGUAGAUAAACUUGGGACCAAUGGUCACAGGCACAUCAGAAAAGAUACAUAGUUUCUUGCAGGCACAUUUACUAACAGAAGGUAUCAAAUAAAAAAUGUAUCUUAAGUUACAGUAUAAUUCUUAGUUUGUUAAAACCUUUAUUAUAACUGGCACACUUGAAGUUAAAAUCUCAGUCCAGAGAAAAGUUACUACAAGUCUGGACGUAUCCAGUUUCAAUCAUUUGAGUUAUUGACGGGAAGUUAAAUUAAACAAUCAAAACUCCCAUUCAUGGACAAAUAAUUUUAGUCUUUAUUAUUGGUAGUAGUUACUGGAGAAAAAAGGACUGAGCUGAGUCAGCCAAGUCCCUUGCUUUCGCUUUUUUCAUACAGACGUUUCGCAGGCACAUCUCAAAUAUUUUUUGAGGUCCUAGGAACAUAAAAAAGUUAUUGAUCCCUGUCCCACAUUGACUCAUGACGUCACCCACAGGAUACUAUAUAAUAGUAACGUCACAAACCUACUGUCUGUAUAUAUCCCAGUCAUUAGGUCAAAUUUUAAAACAAGAUGGCAGACAUAUAUGUAUAUAUACAUACAUGUAUAAAUGUUUGUACAACAAGAUAAGGUGAUAAUCAUCAUAAUAUAAUCUUUCAUCAUGCUUGCUGAUUUAAACUGUUUCCUACAGCUAUGCAUAGAUUGGCUGAUAGAUUGACACAUUAAUUUUAUGGAAAUAAAAGCAAAAAAUGUUUCGUGGAAAUGUAUAGCUCCUUGCAAAAAUACCGGUUUCUAUUACGAAAAUGGCACCCACAGACGUGGAUUCUUGAGGGCUAAACACGAUUUUUGAUAAGUUAUUGUUUGGCAGUGUACUGUAUACAGUAGGUCCAUUAUGAUUUAAUGUGUUGUAUACUGUCUGGUGAGGUAUAUAUACAGUAUAUUAAAUAAAGUACAUAUUUGCAGCCCCGAUUAGCUCUAUUGUGAUCCUUGAAUUCUGGAUAUAUGUUUUGUAACUCCUGCUUGUAAGGUACAUUGUUCAUGGCACAUUAUACAUUGCAAGUAAUGAUAUACCUGAUCAGCAUGGGUUGGUCCAAUAUCUAAUUUCAGACUUAUUUCAGUCAUAAAGGGUUUCAUGAUACAAGGAGGAGAUUUCUCAAAUCAAAAUGGGACUGGUGGUGAGUCAAUCUAUGGAGAAAAAUUCGAAGAUGAGAAUUUUGAAAUGAAGGUAAUAUCAAUAAAAAUAUGCCACAUGCCCCCACACACACACACACACACACACACACACACACACACACACACACACACACACACACACACACACACACAUAAGCGAGAUGAAGUAUUUUGUAUACAGUACCCUUUACAGGUUCACAGUUUAUAGAAAUGAGACAGGAUCUAUGAACAUCCACAAAUGCUUGCAUGUGUAUGCUGGAAAGUUAGCCUGCGUAAGGGAACUUUUUUGACACUUGCAGCCCACAUAAAACUCUAUCAAAUUCAUGUCUGCCCAAUUCAAGAACUUACAGACUUACUUUCCAGUUCAUGAAAGAGGGGUACAACUUCGGUUAAAUGAGGAUAGUUAACGAGGAUAUAGAUGAUGAGAGUUGACAAGCGGGAGUUUCCAUGGGAGUUUUUCUUUUAACCUUACGUAUUAUUCAAAACUUCCUAGCAUGAUAAACCUGGCCUACUAUCCAUGGCUAAUUCAGGCGCGAACACAAAUGGAUCUCAAUUCUUUAUAACGUGUGAACCUACAUCGCACUUAGAUGGAAAACAUGUUGUAUUUGGUAAAGUAAUCAAAGGAAUGCAUGUUGUUCGUACGUUGGAAAAUGUUGACAAAGAAGGCGAAAAGCCGAAAAUGGUAGGUAAUUUAAAACUAUAAGUCGAACAUUCAACUACAUUGGCGAACUUGGGCAGAGUACAGUAUAAUUAACCUAGAACUGGCACAAUAGACAAAAUAGGUACGCUAAGCGUACAUGCGUCUGCUAUCAUGGUCAGACAUUGCCAGCUCUUGAUAACUGGACACAUCAUGCCAUCAUGAUGGUGUCAUUCAUUUGUUUGAGCAAAAUGAAAUUAUAAACUGAAAUUAACGUUUCAGAUGAUUCUCACUCUGCUGUAGGGGUCGUUGUACAGUAUGUUCAUCAGUUUAUGUAUCAAAUUCAUUAAGCAGACUGUAAAACUGAAAAGAAAUAAAUUAACUCAAAUGUCAUGAGCCGUUCUGCGGUCACAUUUUACUCCAGAACAACUCUUGAGGUCAUUUUGAAUUUAUAGUUUGUGUAGUGAUUCAAUUAUGCCUCGUUUUUAUUACCUCCUUCCCCACUCCAAUAUCACCAUCUUCAAAUAUUACAUAUUUGGGUAUAUUAUGCGUGUGUGUAUUGUACACUGUAUGAUAUGUUGUUUGUUCUCCACAGCCGUGUGUCAUAGCUGAUUGUGGAGAGGUUCUAGCAGAAGAGGACAUCAUGACCGUAAAGGAUGAUGGAACUGGAGAUACAUAUUCAGAUCACCCAGAGGAAUCGAACGUUCAAUUUACUAAGGUACAACACCGCGCGGUCAAACGCAUUUUGACUGCUUGUAUUGGAAAGACUGCAUGAAAUAGUCUGUAUUGUCUUCACCAAGCUCUAGCAAAAGAUGUAAAGAAAAUUACGAGAGUGUAAACUCAGUAUAAUUUCUUCAGACUUCUUCUCGCAAGGAAAAAGCCUAAGUUUAUACAUUCAUGCUUCUUUUCCCCUUAUUUACUCCAGACCAAUUAGUUUGAGCCGCGUAUCCGCUUGGCUGCCUUGAAGCAAAUUAAAUUAAAAUUAACACAGCAAAAUAAAUAGAAGAAGUGAACAUAAUCUCAACUACAAAAUCAGCAAAGUGUUUUACAUUUAAAAGAUUACAGUAGUUUCACACCAUCGUAUUGCGGGCUAAAAUUUCUCCUGCCCGCCAUUUUAUGGGCCGAGUAGAUCAAUAGAUCUAGAAAAUUUGUUUUUCAAUCCGUCUUAUAUUUAAACCACCCUCUGAGAAUCCUUGCUUCUCUUAUCUGAUUCUUAUUGGAAAUGUACCAAACAAGGUAUUUUUAUAGUUAUUUGUUGAUUUUGGUUAAGAUAUAAAAACAACAAGAGCCCGCGAUACCAUGGUGUGACACUAAUCCACUAAAAUUAUUCUCAAUACUGCAUGAUACCAACAAAAAAUUAUUUUUACAGUACCAUGCUGACGGAAUACCAAAAUCAUAAACUUUUCUGUUCCGUCAGGCAUUUUAAUUACUAUACUAACUGUUAGAAAAAAAUUAUUCGUAAUAAUUCAUUCAUGUUCGAAGUUGAAAUGGUUCUCACAUAUACAUUCUUCACCUGUUAGUUUAGCGAGGUCUUUGAGGUUGCAGAAAAGAUCAAAACAAUCGGAAAUGAACAGUUCAAGCUAGGAAAUUACGAAGUAGCGCUGAAGAAAUAUUUCAAAGCUAUAAGGUAUAAUUUUGAAUGAAUUAACUAGCGUUACUAUAAUGUCCUUAGCUUGUGAAUACGUUACAAUAUGAUGCUUGUGAUGUUACUCUGGGUGUAUAUCCACUAAAGGUGUGCAAAUCCGAUCCAAAUCGGAUUCGUUUGAAUUUCGGAACAAAAAUAUACAUUUCGGAUCGGAUUGAUAUAGUUGUUUCGUAGUCGGAUCGGACUUCGAUAUUCGAAAUAAAAUGAAUUAAUUAUCCACGCAUUAUUGCAAGAAUUAAUUAUCCAUGCAUUUAUCAAAGCAUUAUCGCGGUUGUCGCUGCAUUUUUCGUUUGAUACUUCAAUUGGACGUCACUUUGUCAGCUUCUUGUCAUGUAUUUCUUGUUUUUAUAUUUAUUUGGUUAAACAUUUCAAUUUGAAUGAGAAAUUUAUUUUGUUAAAGGAUUCUUCGGAUCGGAAUUGGAAUUCUUUUUAUAAAAUAACAUGUAUAUAACGUGUGCUCUGAUUGGUCGAAACCCGUGUUUGGAUCAGGGCAUCCAAACACGGAAAUUUAAAGUGAAAGUUUUUUAAAGUGAAAUUUUAACACGGAAAUUUCAAAUACUUUUUUGCGAGUUUUUCGCGCAUUUUAAAUACUUUUUGUAUCUGCGAAGCAGAUAUAUAUGCUAUCGCAAACGUGCCGUGAUCGUACCGUACCGUAUGUUAGCAUAUAGCCAUUCAGCGACGAGCUUAUAUAAUUUAAGCCAAUCAGCGAUUAUGUUACAUCGUGUCCGCCUUCUAACCUGCGAACGGGCAUGGUUUGGCCACAGAAUAGGAAGUUAUACCAGAAGCGUAACUCUAGUCGUUUCCCUUAUUGUUUGACGUCCACGAAAAUUUUAACUCGCUCACGUCAGGCCACGCCAUCCUGGCUAGUACAGCCGGAAGUUUUUAUCAGGAUUUGGUAGGUACAAAGUGCCGGUUGUACUAGCCAGGAUGGCGUGAUUGAUGACGAAUCGCUUGUAAAAACGCGGACAAAUAUUUGCUCGAGUUACGCUUCUGGUAUAACUUCCUAUUCUGUGGUUUGGCCUCGUGUUAUUCAGGUAUUCUCGCCAUUUUGGAUUCAAAAAUAUCUUGAAUUCGAAUUGCUGUUUUUUCUCUCGCCAUUCUACUAUUAACAUGGAAACUUAUCCUCAUCUGGUAAGUAGUCAAAAUGUCAAAUACCACAUAUUUUAUUAUAUACAUUUUAAUAUACAGUAAAACAAUCGUUGUGUAAUAUUUUAAACAGUCAAAACAUAGCAGGCAAGUCAGGCAAUAUUGCCAAUGAACAAUAUUACAUUAUAAUAUAGCAUUUGUAAAUUCUGAACGCUGAUUGGCUAAGAGCCGUGUUGAUAUAACUCAAUGUCAACACGGGAAAUUUUUCGCCGCUUGUAAACACGGACAUUUUUCUUAUCGUAAUCCUUCGGGCUUUUGACAUUGCUAUAUUAUAAAAAAAAUAUAAAACAUUUUUUCCGUGUUGAUAUAUAGUUAUAUCAACACUCGUGGAAGUUGGGAAAACUCGAAAUUGUAUGAAAACACUCCACCCUUCGGGCGUCGUGUUUCCAUACAAUUUCUCGUUUUCCCAAUUCCACUCGUGUUGAUAUAACUGUAUAUCAACACGGAAAAUGUUUUAUAUUUGUUAAAUAUCAAAGGAAACUAAUGUUCUAAGGGGGAUUUUGAAUUAAAUCCUGGUCCUGUAUUUCGGUAACUCUGUUCAAACUAAGCUGUUGUAGUGUUUGAGCAAAAGUUAAGAUGUUAUAAGCUAAAAUACUUAUACAUUUUGGUUUUACACAUUAGAGUAUAAAUCAAACAAAAUUUUUACAAACAUUUUCAAAUGCUAAUAAAUAAUCCCCACCCUCAUUACAUUGUCAUUUUGCUUUCUAACAUAAAUGUUUUUUGUGUAGAGAUUGAUUCAAGAAUGAUGAAUAAAUAUACUGGAUAUUGGCUGGAUAAUUUUGUCAGAACAAUGGCCACUUGCAAGUCAAUCUUACCUAAAUUCAUUAGUAUGGAAAAUAACUUAAUUUAACAGCUACAGUAAUCAUAUAUCAUAUGGAUAGAUCAGAUCAAUUACACACAAUGUGCAAAACUAAAUUGUUUUUGUGUGGAUAUGCUGUGUUAAACCGAGCAGUGUGGUAUAUCUUAUUAAAUUAUAAAUUGUGAACGUAAAAAUUUUGUAUAACGUAAUUGGCUCACGCUGUGUUAGUGUUCCUGAACUGUCUUCCUGUUUGUAUAUGUUUAUAUUUCUGUUGACGGCUGAAGUUAAUAAAUUAAAUUAAUAAAUUAAUCUAAUCAUUAACUGUGCACAGAAUUGGAAUUGAAUUAUAUACUUCACUCAUGACCUUCAAAACAUUCCCUACUAUUCAGUGGUCUUCGACAUAUGAUUGACUCGUUGAUACAGUAAUACAUGUUCCCCAAAUAGUUUGUGUAUGUUACUCAAUAGUUAACAUUGCCAAGUGUAAACAACAAGUGACAGAACUUUUGCUUCAUAUAAUUACAAUAAAGUUUUUGAAAAUUCAAUGAGUAUGGAUCAACAAGUGACAGUUUACUAAAUAGCUGGCUGCCGGCUGUAUAGACACUUCGAAUAUUGUUAGCAUGAAAUUUUUAUUUCCUGACUGCAUAAUUAUCCAUUGCAACUUGAUUGCAAUCAUAAUCAUAUUAUAAAUUUAGUUACAUUUUCUUGGCGGGGGGGCAGUUGUCCCUGCUGCCCUCCGUGCUGGUGUACAGCCAUGUUAGAUGUGAAUUAUGUUUGACUUUAAAAUCCUAUUUGCUAUUAUAUUUAUUAUAAUAAGUGAUGAAAUAUUUUCUCAUGUCAUCAUUAUUCAGUUCCUUUCAAGAAAAUACAAAAUGCGAAUCAAGUUUUUUCGCAGAUACAUGUACGCGUAGCGUACCUUUUUUUUUUGCAUUUUAAAUAGUUUUUCGCGCAUUUUAAAUACUUUUUUACGCGCUUUUCUUAACUCUCGCAACAUUCCCGCGUGUUUGGAUCAGGCAAUCCAAACACGGAAACCAUAAAGUAAUUGUAUAAUCACAACUCGGAUCGGAUUAGACAAUUUCGGAUCGGAUCGGAUUUUAAACAUUAGCCAAUUGUCGGAUUAUAAACGUACAAUCCGAUCCGAUGCACACCUCUAAUAUCCAUACCGGGCAAACUUGAAAAAUAUGCCUGGCCACGGUGGGAAUCGAACCUACGACCUUUGGAAUACUUUUUCAAGUUUGCCCGGUGUGGAUGCACGCUCAGAGUAACAUCACAAGCAUCAUAUUCACCUGAGUACAUAACACCAACACAGAAAAAAAUCACGUUGCAAUAUAUUGUAACGAAACACAACCUAUUUUAAGAGACCACUUUUGUCAUUCUCAGGAAAGUGGUAAUCGUAUAGUGUUAUGUCUUUCCUUUCCGUCUUCCCUAGAAUGCUCAUCGGCAUUUUUGUCUUUUCUGAUAGCUGCGAUGGAUGCAUGCAAUGUUUUGUUUGGGACAAUCUCGAACGUUGAGGGACAAUGUAGGUUGCGAAGAACAGGGGCGUGUCGAGCGCCCACCCCAAUGUUAAACGUAAGAAAUGUUCGAAUUUCCCGUUAAAGUAUUUGAAGAUUGAAGCUAUAAAAUAAUAUAGUCAAUUCAAUACAAAUAUAAUGACGUUUGCGCUAACCACUGAGUAUUUUAAUAAAAUAUAGUACAAUGCCAAUGGAACUCCGAAAAUUUCAUUGUUAUUGUAAUUCAAGGUUUCGACUAUAGUCAUCCUUAGGAAUUUUGAAAGCAACUAGUUGUUAUGAAAGUAGUUGCUUUCGUAAUUCCUGAGGAAACGUAGAAUUAUAAUAAAAAUAGGUUCGCAAUGCGUACAUGUGGCUAGCCUGGUAAACUUUAACUCCCCAAACCCUCCUCCAAACCCAGAAAGCCUGCCAUGCUGGUUAACUUUAAUAGUAAUAAGAAGACACACCACGAUGGUCAGAAUGCGCAAAUUUUCUCCCACUUGUGCGGGCUCAUUUUGUCAGUGGAGUUUCACGGUAUACUUGAAAAAUACCGUGUCAUAUCUCGUCGCUUCCCAUGCAAAUAGCGAAUUCAAACACUUGAAUAUAAAACACAAAUAUGUGAAUUUGCACGCUAGGCAAAGCACGCUAGUUUGCCCUUCUUUAAAAUACCAAACAUUUCGAAUGCAAUUGAGAUAUGAAAUCUCAACAAGAAGACAAUUCAAGAUGGCAAAUCAGUCAAAAGUGCAAAUCAAAACCCAUAUUUACACGGCGAGUAGGCGCAAUUUGUGAUCGGUUUCGACACCAUAGGUUGAAGCCAUGAAGAUAAACUUUAUUUUAGUUUUCUGGUUUAACAACUGCGUCGUAACAACAUCACUAGUAUUGCCUCGAAAUGCAAAUGUGAAAUGUCGGCAGAAAAAUACGGGCGCUUCCGAUUGCUCCCGAUACUUUACGAAAAUCCGGACUGGACACCAUCAUCAUCGCUCAUCGCGUUUGUGUAUGUGAUAGUGGCCCGCAAACGGGCUAGCCACAAAAAUGAAAAUUGUCAUUGUUUCCAUUGUAGUGUACUGUAUAAUGACGUUUUAUGUUAAGAGUAAAGAAUGUUUGAAAUUAUUAGUGUAAUCAAGUUUUAACUUUCAGUUGACGAACUGUCAACCAGCACUCCAAAUGACUGAAAAUCCCAUUUCGGUUGGUCUAAAUCCCCGCUCCCCAGACUCCCUAGUUGGGUGGUGCCACAACCUUUUACUGUGGUCGCUCCGCCCAAAAUAGCCGAGCUCUAUUCGCCCCUGGCGAAGAAUACAAACUACGAACAUGUGUGUAUGAUGCAGCAACCUGUAAAAUAUAUAAUGUGAAAUCUCUAACUAAAUAUAGUCAGGGGUACUCGUCUUUGCGUGACUUUUAUAAAGCUUUGGUAAGAAGGCAUACUACAGUAGACAGGAUAAUGGGUAUUUUUUGUAUUAUAUAGUAAUUUGAAAUAGAUUGUAUACGUAAUAUGGUUACGUUUAUGUAUAUAAAUAUCCUGAUUGGACAAGAGAUUUCAAACGACUCUACAUAAAGCUUAACACAGCAGUUCAAUGAUGAAUAAUUUCCAUGCUUAUACUGACGUUUAAUGCUGAAUAUCGACCUUAUACUGAGAACUGUUGUGUACAUGCAUGUAUAUUGAAGUUCGAAAUUCCUCUUUUAAACGUUUGGCCUUUUUGGAAUUAAAUAACUAUUGUUCGUAGUGUCUGUGGUUGUUCUUGUUGUUCAUGUUAAUAUAUUUAGUUAUAUAAUAUCUUAUUUUAUAUAUGGCAAGCAUCACUUCCGGUGAAAUGGCGAACUGUGAUUGGCGGAGAAGCACUUUCAGCGGUCCAUUAUUUUCCCGUAAUGGCCGCCCGUAAAAAACAAACGCAUGCAUUUUAAAACAAAACAGCAAAACUAAUUGAAAAUUUGAAAAUUAUAGAUUAAUAAGAUAUCUGCAUGCGAAUGGGUUUUAGUGGAAAAGAAGGAAUACAUUGGUGUUUUUUUGUUUUCUUCGGCCAAAUGUGUACCACGCUACUAAUAUCCAUUUCAAAUCAUGCAUUUCUUGUUUGUUUCAAGUAUAAAUGCCUAUGAAUGCCAUAUAAUAAACUUUUUAUUAACCUCACUUGCUCGGUAUACGUGCAGAGAAAUAUCGGACCUCUGUCUUUUUGUAGAAACCUCGCCCUAGGGGCUCGGUCUGUACAAAAAAGACCUCGGUCCGAUAUUUCUCUCUACAGACUUCGCAUUUGGUUAAUAAGAAGUUAUUAUUAUAUGGCAAGCAUCACUUCCGGUGAACGCCAGGACUGUGAUUGGCUGAGAAGCACUGUCAGUAGUCCGUUAUUUUUUUCCCGUAAUGGUCCAUUACGUAAAAACAAACGCAUGCAUUUGAAAACAAAACAGCAAAACUAAUUGAAAAUUAUAAUUUAAUUUGUUAUUAAUAAGAUAUCUGCGAAUGGUUUUAAGUGGAAAGGAAGGAAUGCAUUGGUAAUUUUGUUUUCUUCGACGAAAUCUUUACCACGCUACUAAUAUGCAUUUCAAAUCAUGCAUUUCAAAUCAUGCAUUUCUUGUUUGUUUCGAGUAUAAAUGUCUAAAAAUGCCAUAUAAUAAACUUUUUAUUAACCUCGCUUGCUCGGUUUUUACAGAGAAAUAUCGGACCUCGGUCUUUUUGUACAAACCUCGCCCUAUGGGCUCGGUCUGCACAAAACAGACGUCGGUCCGAUAUUUCUCUGUAAAGACCUCGCGCUCGGUUAAUAAGAAGUUAAUAAUUAAUUUGGCUAUUGGGCUCUUGCAAAUGACGUCACCACACGUAUUUGUUGACUUCUGUCAUUUUGGGUAGCAAAUUUAAAAUAGUUAAUUAAAAGCAAACAUGGCGUCAAAGCAAGACUGUGGCACUAACUGCGGCUGUUGCUUUUGUUUGAGAACUUUGAAGAGUUAGAAUGGUUCACAGCUGUGUAGUCAGUCGGUUGAAUAAAAUAUUUUUUGCCAUCCAAAAUGGCGGAUUUUUUUACGAUGCGUCAUACUGCAAGACCUGAAUAUACAUGAUAUAAUGUAAUUCUUGCUCCUCUGCUCUUGAACAAUUUAGUUGGUUCCGAACUCGUACCUCUAACCAAACACUUUCUUCAAAAAAGCCUAACCUUAGCUCGAUCAGUAAAGAGAAAAUUAGUAUAGUUAACUCAGUUAAUAGUAUCUAAAACUUUAUAUGAAUAGCAAUAAUUUUGUUUUCCCUUUAGAUACUUAGAGCACAUUGAUUCCAACAUUUCGUCUUCAUCUGAUAAUGAAGAUAAUAAAAAUGACAAAGAGAAAGCGAUGACGGUGGUCUUACCUUGUUACUUAAACAGGUAAAAAAGAUUAUUUUGUUGUUACCAUGGUCAGAUAUUCUCAUCAGACCUGGAACUUCCAUAAAACCUCUCCAUGCACGGCAAUUACGUCAUAUAUGUCGCAUGCAUCGUAGAAAUUUAUUUUCUGUAUUUACGAUAUUUGUUACGGUUAGCAACACUGGAAAAAGUAGCAUCUAUUCACAAAGGCAUAAAGAAAUUUUCUAAGAUUUGUACAGACUGCUAAUAUAAUACCAAUUCCCUAAAAAUUUAUACUACGGCAAAAAAACCACCGUCGUUGUCCACACUGAUUCACGGCAUUUUCCUCUCGAACUACGAUCAAAUUGCCACGAGUGCCGUGAUAAAAUUCCAGCGCUAGCCUGAUGCUAAUUGUAAUUGUUUCUUCACUCAAAGUCUUUGUACAGUACGUACAUGAGUUAAACUUAAUAUAUAUUGUUUUUUAUUAUAUUUAGCGCAGCUUGUUAUCUUAAACUUAAGAAUUAUGAAGAGGCAGUUAUCAAUUGCAGUGAAGUAAGUAUUCCAUUUAAUCGCUAUUACUUUUCUUCUUAGAAUACCCCAAAUACUACACAUGCCAAGAAUCACAUUUGGGGUUAUAGUCAGGACUCAGUGGCACUUUAACCAGUCUACUGUUGAGCAGCAAAACAUGAUUUGGAUGAUGGUUAUAAUGAGGAGACAUAUUUAUAUUGUUAUAUAUUUUGUAGGUGCUUGAUCAUUAUGAAAAAAGUAACGUUAAAGCUCUAUUCAGAAGAGGCCAGGCGUACUCGUCGUUACGUGAUUUUGAUAAAGCUUUGGUAAGAUUGUAGGCAAUUUUCAAUUUACUGUAGUAUACGUUAAGCUCAACGUCAUAGCAGUUCAAUGAUGAAUAAUUUCCAUGCUUAUACUGAUGUAUAAUGCUGAAUAUCGUCCUUAUACUGAGAACUGUUGUGAAUAUUGAAAUAUUGCCCGAGGGCGAAGACCCGAAUUAUUAACAAUUCAGGUGAUAUUUCGUCGAAUCCCCUGAACGAAGGAUCUAUAAAUUGCUACUAAGAAGCCACUAAUUCUAAUUUGAGAAUAUAAACUUGCUAAGUGCAUUAUGCAGGGUGCAUUAAACUUGAGUGCAUGCAUUAUCUUUUCUAUCUUGAAGGUAACAUACUUCCUGAACCCUAGAAUUAUGAUUGUGGUCAACCGUAUAGGGUUUGGGUUAACCCUAGGGUUAGGGUUGAUGUUCACCAUUGGGUUUGGGUUAACCCAAAGGUUAGGAUAUAGGGUAGGGGUUAGCCGUAACUCAUCGCUCUAUGUUGUCGGCCAUCUUGCAGUUGUACGCGUGAUAACACAAAUGUCGGCCUUGAUAAUAUUUCAUAUCAUGCUCAACAUUAUUCACUAAUUGUUCAUUAUUUACUCGUAUUUAUCAAAAUAUUGUGUUUAACGUUUGUACUGCAACUGCCUCUUUUUGAUAUUACUAUAGGAUGAUCUUCAUUGUGCGGCCAAGCUAGCACCCACAGAUAAAGGUUUGUUGACAUUCUAUUUGGAAAUUUCCCGUUUUCUUCAGGGCUUACAUUGUUGUAUUUUGUUUCACUUUUUAUCGCUAAACACUCACUAAUGUAAAUAGAAGCAAUUCAAUUGCAUUGUUUGAUAAUAAUGUGAUUGCCCAUCACUGCAGCGAUGUCAUUUUGCAUAAGUUGUCAAAUUAUAGAAUAUGAUGUUGAACAUUUAAUUUAAUGUUCAUGCAAGGUUAUUCAUGAUGUGGUGAUGCUCCUUUAUUAUAUUUUGUCAAGUAUUUUGAGAUAAGUGCAAAUAUCUGGGUAUCAGAGUAUCCAUUGGAAGAUAUUUUAAAGCUUUCCACAAGGUGUCCACGAGCCUUGAAAAUCCUGGAAAGUCCUUGAAUUGGUAGAAAAAAAUACAGGGCCAGGUUCCAGGGCUGAAAAAGGGCCUUGAAAGUCCUGGACGAAAGUGCUUGAAUUUCACCUUCACCAGAGGGUGGACACCCUGUUUCAGAUGUUUUCCAGUCAUGCGUUUUUGAUACGCACGUGGAAGUUUAAACUUUUCGAAAAUAUAUAUAAUUAAAUACUAAAUUCCAUACUUGAUUAUUUUAUAAACUUUUCCGUGCGUGUACGUACGUGGUAAAAGCGUAUGACUGGAAAGCGGCCUUAAGUAAGGGGGGGGGGGAGGUUGAAAUUUGUGGAGGGCGGCGGUAAACCUGGGGGUCUGGGGGCAUGCUCUCCCGGAAAAAUAUGGCGCCAAAUUGAAGAACUUGGAUAAAAAGAUAUUACAAAUGAUAAAAAGGUAUUACAGCCAUGGAUGGAAACUCGAUGGAAAAGAGCUCACUCUUUUUAAAAGAAAAUACCUAUCUAUAUAAUGUCCAUCUGUAUAUAACAUGACUUGCAUAGCAAAUAUAUUUACACCAUAUCUAUUUUAGGGUGGCUAAACCCCCCACCCCGUAUGUGCAGAAUAUCAGGGGCCCAAGCCAACCCCUCCCUUGUUCCUAUACUAUUAUUAGUUCAUGGAACGUUAUAUUCACUUUUUUAAAGGUAUUCGAAAUGAGAUAACUCGAGUGAAGAACCAAAUCAGAGGUCAGAAAGAAAAGGAGAAACAAAUGUAUUCAAAAAUGUUCGCUAGCUGACAACAUUUUACCACGUAUAAUUAUUAUAAAAUUUAACAUGCAUUUAUGUAAGCAGAGCUGCGCAUUUGACAGCUUCAGCCUUGAAAAGCUCUUCCCACCAUUUGGCAGUGCUAAUAGCCUCAUGGUAAAGAUGCGCCAAGUUUCAUUUGAACUUUCAUCCCGGCAACUGCAUGGGCUAGCCCGCUUAUGAGUGUUAAUAUGGACAAAUUUCCAUCCCGGUAAGCGAGAUCUCGCCUCUUUCAAGCGAGAUCUCGGCAACCGGGCCAGUCUGCUUGUCCAUAUAAAUGCACGAUAAAUUUUACUAUAAAAAUAACUACACAGCGAGAUCUUACUUAGCGGGCUGUCUCGCUUUGCGGGCCAGUCCGACUUCCAUAUAGACAGGCCCUUAGACAAGAUUUUUGUAAACAUUUUACGGUCUUUAGUUACUAAUGUUGAAGGAUAUGAAAUUUCUUCCAAAUUCUGAAAGUCUAAUUAUACUCUUUCAAUUGAGCUAUAACUUUCUACCAGGUGAUAUAUUUACCAGUUGAAAAACACUUAAAGUGUACUUAAACCGCGUUCUGUCAGCAUGCUAAAAUAACAUCAAAUAACUUUCGUUAAUUUACAAGCAAAUCCUCUUUAGCUGAGUGGUUACAGCCAAUUGCAAUUGACCGUGAGGAGACGCACAUUUGUUCAUUGGUUCAACUUGAUGUUUAUUUAAUGAAAAUUGACGUUAGUUUAUGGAACUCUACCGAUGAGAAUGUACUAAUGAAAUGCCUUAGCGCUAGGUUUUGUGUUGACCUAGGACACAUCCUCGGUCCCAGGGCCUCACGGCUGACACUCAACCAUGAGGCCCUCAAUCUCGUACCCAGAGCAAUUUCCUGUGCUGUGAUUGGUUUAACGUUUGUCAAUCGUGCAUGCCGACAAAGAACCGGAACCCCUAAAUUUAGGGACAACCAAAGAGAAGCAAGAACAACCAAGAAGAAUCAAGGACAACCAAAGAGAAGCAAGGACAACCAAUGAGAACCCAAGAAAAUCAAGAAGAAGCAAAUAGAACCACUUAAAACCAAGGAGAAGCAAGUACUGUCUAAAAGAGUGUGGCACUUGGUCAUUUUCGACCUGAAACAAUGGUUACAAUAUUUUAAUACCCGAUAUUCUUUUGGACUGAAAUUACUUUAUUUGGCGCAUCAGGGAGCGUGGGCAAACUAUUUGGCAACUGGAUACCUCGAAGAAAGCAAUUUUAGCAGUUUGAAUAUGUUAGGUAUAUGUGAUGACACAUAAAGUUUGCUUUGAGUUUCUUGAAAUAUAUUUGAAAUUUGCGUAUAUAUCUAACCGUAUCAAUUCAUUUAUAUAAUCGUUGCUUCUGCAGCUAAUAUACAGCUAGAAUUUCAUUGCAUUUAUG